CCCUAAAAGAAAACACAUUGUAUUUGUAUGACUCCCAAGCCCAAACCAAACCCGUUCAAGUAGGAACUUUCCGGGUCGCCCCGAAAUCACGUCAAAAACCCUAAAACCCUAGUAUCCAUAAUCCUUCGCAUUUCUGUUCUUCGAUUGUACCAAAAUACCGUAAAACCAGAAAUGCAAUUCAGUAAUCGGCUUGUACAUUCACUCAGAAGCACUAACCGGAAACAUCAUGAGUAUGGGUUUUUCAUGCAAUUCAAAGCAUCAAUUUCAAGCCUGAAAGUGGCAUGGCGGAAGGACCCAAAGCUAGACCAAGCCAUUGAAAACGACAAGAAGUGGAAGCAGUGUGCAAGAGUUGUCAAAGAAGUGCUAAACGAGCCGGGUCAGGUAAUCCCUCUUCACUAUUUAGAGAAACGACGUGAAAGAUUGGGGUUGCAAGUAAAAAUCAAAACUUUUCUUGAUUGGAACCCCGGUUUGUUUGAUUUAUAUCUGGAUCGGGUCAGACCCAAAUCAGAACCGGUCUCAUUUGUUCGACCCAGUGAAAGACUAAGACUAUUCUUGGAAGAGGAGAGUAGGAUUUUUGUUAAAAAUGAAUCUUUAUUGGUUUCUAAAUUAUGUAAACUUUUGAUGAUGUCUAAGGAUAAGGUUGUAAGUGCUGAUAAAUUAGUACAGGUGAAGAGGGAAUUCGGGUUCCCGAAUGAUCUUUUAGUAAAUUUAGUGCCAAAAUAUCCGGAAUAUUUUAACUUAAUUGGUGAACCUGGUGAGGGCAAAUCAUUCUUGCAGUUGGUUAAAUGGAACCCAGAAUUUGCGAAGUCGGUGAUUGAGCUAAGAGCUGAGGAGGAAUCGAGGUUAACAGGAAUCAGAACUAGGCCAGCAUUUAACUGGAAGCUUCCUCCAGGUUUUUUCAUUAGGAAGGAAGUGAGAGAGUGGAUUCGAGAUUGGAUGGAGCUACCUUAUGUAUCACCAUAUGAUGAUGUAUCGCAUUUGGAACAGUCUUCACGAGAGAUGGAGAAGAGGAAUGUGGGGGUUUUCCACGAGUUGCUAUCACUUUCUCUUUAUAAGAGGGUUCCCAUUCCCAUUUUAGGCAAGUUUAGUGAUGAGUAUAGGUUCUCAAACGCAUUCUCAAAUGUAUUUACUCGGCAUUCGGGGAUAUUCUAUACUUCGUUGAAGUGUGGGAUUAAAACUGCAAUGCUUAGGGAAGCAUACAAGGAUGGUGAGCUGAUAGAUCGAGACCCACUUCUUGAGAUUAAAGACAAAUUUCUUGAGUUACUUGCUGAGGGCCACAAACAGAAAGAUGAGCUCUUGAGAUUGCAGGGAGAGAUGGUUCAGAAGGACAUGGAAAUGAUGGCAGUCAGCAAUAAUGAUCUAGACUACCACAAAUGUGAAGAGGAAGAUGCUGUGCUUUGAUUGCUAACGUCAUCUUGAAAGGCAGGCUGGGUGUAUGUAUAAUUGCUAGUGAUGUCAGAAAAGGAGGCCUAGUAUGUAGUUUCGCAAGCCAAAGCCCAAUAUAAUUUCCUGGGUUUCUGUGAGGGGAUUUUGAUUUUGAAGAUGCUACAACUCAAAGAAGACUCUUUUUUAUAAAAGAAGCCAAAAGAUGCCUUGCAUAUGAUUCAGUUGUUUAUAUCAAGUCAUUCUUUUCUCCGCAAAAUUAUACUUGCCUCAGGAUCUGGGUUUUACCACACUCUUGUGCAAACUCUUGUUAUAAUGGUGACUGCCGACUCACAAAUCAGAGAGUUCUGGGAAAUGUGCCACUGCUCAUUUUCAGUUAUAUUAUCAGAAUGAAUAUGAUCUACUAGAUACUGUGUUGCUAAGCAACUGCAUCUUUUCAGAUUUUCGGGACAAUUUGUCGAGAAGCACAGCAUCACAAAUUUGUAUCAACAAUCUCAGUUUGAAAAUUUAUCGCUUUUUACGGGAAUCUAUGUUCGACCUGACAAUCUCCUCUUUUUCUUCAAGCUGACAACUAUUCACAUGGUUUGAGACCAACUGUUACUGGAGUCUUUACAUUUUUAUAACCUUCUUUGGCAUGCAUCUCUUUCUUUCUCUCCACUCCCAUACCCUCACAUCUCUCAUUUUUAAGCUCGUUUGUUUCCCAUCCAUUAUCUUUAGAGCUGCCGAGUUGCUAUGGAUAUUAUGUAUGGGAUGAAAUGAUGAGAACUUUACCAUCUCUCUCCUUUGCCCCAUGACGGAGGAUAAUACUGACAUAUCUUCAACUUACUCUCUUUUUCCUUUUUCUUGUUGAUCAGUUAUCUUCCAUUUACUACUAAGCCAAUAAUCAUUUUUGGACUUUCUGAUUUUAUCAAGUUCCGCUCCUGCCUCCUGGUCUGCCCAUAUUCAAAAAAUGAAAAAUCUAUCCAACCAAAAUAUAGCAGACGGAGCUGGAUAUUUGUCCUAAAAGCCUUUUAGCAAUUGUUACUUUCAUGUGGUUCAUCGUGCAUGGUUCAGUGAAUAGUUGCAACUUGCAAACUGUUGAGAGCACCUAUGAAACCUAACAUAGCUUCUGAACUGAGAUUCUAUGUCUCCACAUCAAAACAGAAUGCUUCAAUGCCAAUCGGGGUCACCCACAGGACAAAUUCCAUCCAGCAUCUUCAAUUCAAUGUGGAUGGUUCCAUUGGAAGGGAGAAGUGAGCAUUGAUGAUGAAGAAUUCACAGUAAAUUAGAGUGGUGCCAAAUGGAGUAUGGUGUGCUGUUGCGAAUUUACCAAUAUAGCAUGGUUUUGUGGACGAGGCAACCCUCGUAUAGACUCAGUGCAUAAUGAGAGAUGGUGAUGCCAGGAUCGUGGGACUAGAGAUAUCAUAUGAGGCAAUGAAAUCAUUGAUCAUAUACCAAAUUAGCACAAUUUUGACAAUAUGCACUAUUUGGAUCUCCUGGGAUCGUCAUAGCUGCCAGAAGCUAUCACAUGUAUUUGCUUCUAGUUUCUUGAAAGUCCAAUAUUUUACGAUCUCGAGGUUUCCUGAAGAGUUCCAAUUUGUAAUUUGAUUUCAUAAAUAUAUCGUUGAGGGCUGUA